AAAAAAAAAAGAAAAAAGAAAAGAGUGAAAAGUACACAGGUAUUACCCUUCCUUACGUUAUUAGAAUCCCUCGAACACCCCUCUCAAUUCCCAGUAGUUCUCUUUCUUUGCUUGCGAAGAAAAUGGCUGAACCAACACCAUCACCAUCGUUGUCGUCGUCGGCGCCGACAGUGAAGUCAGACGGAGAGAUAGAAGAGAUGCUGGAUCGAAUGCUCACUCGCCUCGCUCUUUGCGACGACUCCAAACUCCAACCCUUGCUCUCCAAGCUUCUCCCCGUCACCAUUUCUUCCCUUUCCUCUCACUCCUCCGCCGUUCGCAACAAGGUGCUUGAGAUAUUGAGUCAUGUGAAUAAGAGAGUGAAACAUCAGCUCCAGAUUGGCUUACCGUUAUCAGAGCUUUGGAAUAUAUAUUCUGAUGCUAAUACUGCUCCAAUGGUUCGGAACUUUUGUAUUGUGUAUAUUGAAAUGGCAUUUGACCGUGCACCUACUGAGGAAAAAGGAAAUUUGGCACCCACGCUUCUGGUGAAUAUUUCAAAGCUUCCGCAGCAGCACCAGGAGAUCAUCCUCAGAAUUGUUACCAAGGUUAUUGGUGAUUGCCAUUCAAGUCGAACUGAUGAUGAAACUGUUGCAAAUUAUAGGACAGUUACUGAUCCUAGGGACAGGGAACUGUUUGUUGAAUUUUGCCUCCAUACAAUUUUGUAUCAGCCAUCAUCUCAAAGUAGAGAAUGCCCACCUGGACUUUCAAUCUCUCAAACCAACGGUGUUACAGGGAAACAAUCUUUGGACAGAGAUGUGCUUUUAAUGAGAAAGUUGGGGAUCUUGAAUGUUACCGAAGGGAUGGAGCUGGCACCUGAACUUGUUUAUCCGCUUUAUCUGGCUGCCUCUGCUGAUUAUCAAGAGCCUAUUGUAAAGAGGGGGGAGGAACUUUUGAGGAAGAAGGCUAAUGGCACUAACCUAGAUGAUUCAAACCUCAUAAACAAACUUUUUGUGCUGUUUAAUGGUACUGUUGGUUCUCAAAAUGUUGCUCCUGAACAUAAGGUCACUCCUGGGAGUCAUGCUUUGAAAGCAAAGCUAAUGUCUAUUUUCUGCCGGUCCAUUACAGCAGCAAAUAGUUUUCCUGCAACUUUACAAUGUAUCUUUGGCUGCAUAUAUGGAAGUGAAACAACAUCUAGGUUGAAGCAGAUGGGAAUGGAGUUCACUGUCUGGGUAUUUAAACAUUCACAAAUUAAUCAGCUUAAGCUUAUGGCCCCUGUGAUACUGAACGCGAUUCUGAAGUCACUCGACAGUUAUUCAAAUUUAGAGUCAGAUGCUACUGCACGAGAUACCAAAACUUUUGCUUUCCAAGCUAUUGGAUUGCUUGCACAGCGCAUGCCUCAACUAUUUAGAGAUAAGAUUGAUAUGGCUGUGCGUCUUUUUGGUGCACUGAAAGUGGAGCCCCAGUCUUUUCGCUUCAUCAUUCAGGAGGCAACUAUUUCUCUUUCUACUGCGUAUAAGGGAGCCCCAGAAACCGUGUUAAAAGAUUUGGAAACGCCUUUGUUGAUAAGUUCUCAAGAGGAACAAAGUGAAGUAAGAUAUUGUGCUGUAAGAUGGGCUACGUAUUUGUUUGAUUUACAACAUUGCCCUAGUCGAUUUAUUUGUAUGCUUGGGGCGGCUGAUUCGAGUUUGGAUAUAAGGGAUAUGGCACUUGAAGGCCUUUUUCUCUUGAAAGACGAUGGGUUAAGCAUGAAUGGAAAAUCUGAUUUACAGUAUCCCAAACUGGGUGUCAUGCUAGAUUACAUUCUUGGACAGCAGCCAAAGUUGUUAGACUCAACUGAGAUGAGGGGACAAAGGCUUUUAUUUCCUUCAAAAACAUACGUAGUCAUGAUUAAAUUUUUGUUGAAGUGCUUUCAGUCAGAGUUUGAGCAAAGCAAAUCGAUAGAGGGAUUGCCUGUGUUUCAAUCUGCUGUGGAAAAUAUGUGUUUACUGUUGGAACAUGCUAUGGCUUUUGAAGGGUCUGUUGAAUUGCAUGCCAAUGCUUCCAAGGCAUUGAUUGUGAUUGGAUCUUGUAUCCCAGAGAUGAUAUCGUCUCACUAUGCACGAAAAGUUUCAUGGAUAAAGCAAUUACUUGAUCAUGUGGACUUGGAUACUCGUGAAUCUGCAGCACGCUUACUUGGAAUAGCCUCUUCUAAUCUUCCUGUAGAUGCAUCGUCUGCUAUAAUUAGUGAACUAAUUGCCUCAGUUAGUGGAACACAGAAGUUGAGGUUUGAGAAUCAGCAUGGAGCCUUAUGCGCGAUAGGAUAUAUUACUGCAGAGUGCAUGUCUAGAACGCCUUCUAUUCCAGAGACAUUGUUGCAGAAUACACUCAAGUUUCUUGUUGAUGUUGUUAAUUCUGAGACUGCAUCACUGGCCUCAGUUGCAAUGCAAGCGUUGGGUCAUAUUGCAUUGCGAGUUCCAUUGCCAUUACUUACUAAUGAUUCUAGUUCAGUUGAUAUCCUUACAACUUUAAGUGAAAAGUUGAGCAAGCUUCUAUCCGGUGAUGAUAUUAAAGCAAUUCAGAAAGUAGUAAUUGCAAUUGGGCAUAUGUGCAUGGAGGAAACUUCAAUUUCUCGUCUGAAUCUUGCCCUUGGUUUGAUCUUUAGUCUCUGCCGCUCCAAGGUUGAAGAUGUCCUUUUUGCUGCUGGAGAGGCUCUUUCAUUUUUGUGGGGUGGGGUACCUGUCACUGCUGAUGUGAUUCUCAAAACAAAUUAUAGUACGCUAUCCAUGAGUUCCAACUUUCUUAUGGGAGAUGUGAACUUAUCAAAGUCAAAGUAUAGCACGAAUGGAACAAAUACAUCCAGUGAAGAUUAUCAUUGCAUGGUUAGAGAAGCAAUUACAAGAAAGCUUUUUGAUGAACUUUUAUACAGUACCAGGAAAGAAGAACGCUGUGCCGGAACUGUCUGGCUAUUAUCAAUUACAAUGUAUUGUGGCCAUCACCCUGCCAUCCAGAAAAUGCUCCCUGAAAUUCAGGAGGCUUUUUCACACUUACUUGGUGAACACAAUGAACUUACACAAGAGCUAGCUUCACAAGGCAUGAGUAUUGUGUAUGAGCUUGGGGAUGAAUCGAUGAAGAAAAACUUAGUGAAUGCACUUGUAAGCACUCUCACAGGUUCUGGAAAAAGGAAAAGAGCAAUCAAGCUCGUUGAAGAUACUGAAGUCUUUCAAGAGGGAGCUAUUGGUGAAGGUCUUAAUGGUGGGAAACUCAGCACUUAUAAGGAGCUUUGCAAUUUAGCAAAUGAGAUGGGGCAACCGGACUUAAUUUAUAAGUUUAUGGAUCUGGCUAAUCAUCAAGCUUCUCUAAACUCAAAGAGGGGUGCUGCUUUUGGAUUUUCUAAGAUAGCAAAGCAAGCAGGGGAUGUUCUUAAGCCACAUUUACGUUUACUAAUCCCAAGGCUUGUUCGGUAUCAAUAUGACCCUGAUAAAAAUGUGCAGGAUGCAAUGUCACAUAUAUGGAAGUCACUUGUGGAAGACUCAAAGAAGACAAUUGAUGAACACUUCGACGUUAUUAUUGACGAUUUGCUUAUUCAGUUUGGAUCUAGGCUUUGGCGCUCCCGUGAGGCAUCCUGUCUUGCUCUUGCAGAUAUCAUCCAAGGACGGAGAUUCGAUCAGGUUGGAAAGCAUUUAAAAAAAUUAUGGCCAGCAGCCUUCCGGGCCAUGGACGAUAUAAAAGAGACUGUCCGAAAUUCUGGUGAAAAAUUAUGUCGUGCUGUUACUUCGUUAACAAUUAGGCUUUGUGAUGUCUCCCUAACAGAUAUAUCACAUGCAAGCCAAGCCAUGGAUAUUGUCUUGCCUGUUUUGCUUGGAGAAGGCAUAUUAAGUAAAGUUGACACUAUCCGCAAGGCGUCUAUUGCAGUUGUUAUGAAGCUUGCAAAGGGUGCAGGGAUUGCACUUCGUCCGCACUUGUCUGAUUUAGUCUGUUGUAUGUUGGAAAGUUUAUCAAGCCUUGAAGACCAAGGACUUAAUUAUGUUGAGUUGCAUGCAGCAAAUGUUGGAAUACAAACAGAAAAGCUUGAAAAUUUGAGAAUUUCAAUUGCAAAAGGUUCUCCAAUGUGGGAAACUCUUGAUCUCUCCUUAAAUGUUGUGGAUACUAAAUCAUUAGACCAAUUGGUUCCUCGUCUUGCUCAAUUGGUCCGAUCUGGAGUAGGACUGAACACUAGGGUUGGUGUUGCCAACUUUAUUAGCUUGCUUGUUCAAAAGGUUGGCGUUGAUGUCAAGCCAUACACAAGCAUACUAUUGAAGCUGUUGUUUCCGGUUGUUAAGGAGGAGAAAAGUGGAGCAGCUAAACGUGCCUUUGCUAGUGCUUGUGCAAUAGUUUUAAAGUAUGCAGCAACAUCUCAGGCUCAGAAAUUGAUUGAAGAUACUGCAGCCUUGCAUACUGGUGAUAGGAAUGCUCAAAUUACAUGUGCGAUUCUAUUGAAAAGCUAUUCAUCCAUGGCCUCGGAUUUUCUGAGUGGAUAUCAUGCAUCAAUUAUUACGGUUAUUUUUCUAUCAAGGUUUGAGGAUGACAAGCAGGUCUCUGGCUUGUUUGAGGAGUUGUGGGAAGAAAAUACAAGUAGCGAAUGGAUAGCCCUCCAACUGUAUUUGGCAGAGGUUGUUUCUCUUAUAUGCGAGAGCAUUACAUCAUCGUCAUGGUCAAGUAAAAAGAAGUCGGGGAAGGCAAUUUGCAAGCUCAGUGAAGUUUUGGGUGAAUCCUUGGAAUCCCACCAUCACGUAUUACUCCAAGCUGUUAUGAAAGAAAUUCCUGGGCGUUUAUGGGAGGGUAAGGAAGUCUUACUUGAUGCAAUAGGUGCUCUUUCAAAGUCUUGUCAUAAAGCAAUUUCAAGUAAUGAUUCCGCCAUUCCUAAUGCCAUUUUGAGCGUGGUAUCUUCUGCAUGUACCAAAAAAGUGAAAAAAUACCGUGAAGCUGCUCUCUCUUGUCUUGAGCAGGUUGUAAGAGCCUUUGGUCAUCCAGAAUUCUUUAAUUCAACUUUUUCAUUGCUAUUUGAGAUGUGCAAUUCGGCCAUUCCUAAUAAGUCUGGGAAAUCCACUUCAGGGAGUGAUGCUACUAAAGCAGAACUAGAUGAUGUUCAAGAGAUUUCAGUUCCAAAUGACAAAGUUUUGGAGUGUCUGAUUUCCUGCAUCCAUGUGGCACAUGUAAAUGAUAUUCUUGAGCAACAGGAGAACCUACUGCAUCUGCUAAUCACUUCCUUGUCAUCUGCAUUUCCUUGGACUGUCAAAAUAUCGACAUUUUCGGUGAUUAGAGAACUUUGUUCAAGGCUCCACAAGGGUUUGGCCGACUCAAAAGAAAAUUCCACACAUCCUAAGAUGGCUUCUUUAGUUCAGAAGCUGUAUGACUCGGUGUCACGCAAGGUAGUCGACUGCCUAAAUACAGUGAAGAUCGCUCAGGUUCACAUCAGUGCUUCAGACUGUCUUCUGGAAAUCUUUAAACUUUACGGAGACCUUCCAUUGGUGGACUUGACUCUGAAUAUCGAGCUUAAGGGUGAGCUUCUUCAUGUGCAUGAAAUAGAGAAAAACGGGGAAGCAAAAGCCUUAUUGAAGGCAUGUAUUGACAUCCUUGAUAACCUCAAGCCUCAUUAAGUUCAGGAGAUUUAAAUUGCUUCGGCUCAUGCCACACUUGGGAAGUCUGAGAGAAAUCAAAUGAUACUAAAGAAAAAAAAAAAAAAAACAAAGAAAGAAAGAAAAGAAAAGAAAAGCAAGAGAUCAAAUUGUUGAGCCAUCCAAAUUAAAACAUUUGUUAGCCUUAAAAAUAUAUAACUCUGUUGUGUCCCUUUUCACGUGCUGAUUUUCUCAUCCGGAUGCGCUGCAAAAGGCUUAUUGUUCCUACGUCCUUUUUAAAGUUUGAGAUUUUUACGUAUUUGCUUCUUU